CAUUCGACUGCAGAAUAUAUUCCGGGGCAACGCACUCGCCUUGAAAGGAAUUGGCGGUUUUUAGCAAAGCGAAACGGACUAACGGAGUGGCAAACAUAAAAGUGUGGAAUAGGAAAGAAGCACGUAUAAAUGCAGACAUCUUUUUAACGUUCAUAACUUUCUAUCGGUUUGAAGAUUUUGGAACCAGUCGCCUUUUAACUUUAAAACGGAGUCAAAGUGCUUGGUGGCUGGGUGUGUCUUGAAUGGGAAUUGUUUGGUUGAGUUCGGCGGACGCGGCUGAAGUCCAGCUAUAUUUGGAAACCGAUGUUCAGUUUUAGGGCUGGGUUUUUUGUAGAUGGCGAUAUUGGGUUAAGAUUAGCUAGCUAGCUAUUUAGCUUGCUAGCUGGUUUCAUGCAGUAAACAAUUAUUUUUCCACGGGCUUUAUAUAAUUUGUAGCUAGUACGAACUGAGCAAACAUGUCUAGCCUUCAGAAAUCGAAUGCCAAGUAUUUAUGGUGGAGUCUCCUGAGUCUUGGAUUGCAGCCCGAAAUCGCGGCUAACUCUGGCGGCUCAAGCAAACGAGGAAUUACGUUAGGCAUUAAUAUGUUUGACACUCCAAACAAAGAUGCCUUCUACGUCGUCGCUCACUUCUUGUUUGAAAAACUUAACCCUUCACGAGUCAAUGAGGUGUUCAGGCAUUGUUGGCCAGUUAUGGGUUGGAAGGCUGAUGCGGAAUUUCGUAAAGCGACUUACAAUUGGUUUCGGGAAAUCGGGGCCGAACGUGGGAAUGCCUUCCCCAAAGUUGUGGCGUCCUUGUUUCUUUCACCUGGGGGACCCAAGUUCAUAAAUGUGAUGCUUCACUUGGCCAAGCAUGUCAUGUUGCAAGAGAUGAAAACCUUUUCCACAGACAAAACGUGGAUUCCCGAAGCUUCGGCUGCUAAAGCUCAGUCACUGGAGACGGCCAUGCUGAGGUUUCAGCUGGUGAGGCUGAGGUUUCAGAGAACUGCAGUGGAGCAGGACCAGCUCAUCCAGGAGUACCAGCACAAAGCGCGGGCGCUGGUCAAAUCAAUAAGGGAUUUGAGGGCUGAAGAUGCCCAACUUGACAGCUUGCUGAAGCAUGAGAAGGAAGGUGAAGAGAAGAUGCGUCUUCAGUCUGAGAAGAUUCUGAAGGUCCGCUCCCUCUGGACAGAUGUAAACAACAUCCUGUCCACUCUGGAAGAGGAGAGGAAGGUUGUGGACUGCGUUGUCAAGGGAAACAUUGACCAGUACACCUUGGACGGGACGGACCUCACUAUAAACAUCCCCAAAGUUUUGCUGGAGCAGGUUGAAAAAUCAGCUCAGUCGUCGAGCACGGGGAGCGUGUACGAGGAGGGCCAGCUGAACGUCCUGCGCCUCCUGGAGCUGCUGAAUGAGGCCCUGCGCCUCCUGCGGGAGGAGCGCGAGCGGGUCGGGGGCGCUGCACCGCGGCCGGACCUGCAGCACAUGGAGGAGAAGGCCCUGCUCCUGAGGCGCUCCCUGGAGGCAGUCAGACUCACGAGGAAAAGGAUUUCCAAGGAGGACAUUCCUGAAGUGAAGGCUUUUAUCCAGAAGAUGGAGCAGGCUUGGGACAGGAAGUGGGAGGACAGCCUGGAGCAGAGGCCGCUGACUUCAUUCCUCAACGAGGAUCCGGCGCUCGACUUCCUCUCCCCAAUGGCGCCCCUUUGUUUUGAGCCGGCCGCUGAGGGCAGCUUCAAAUCCAGCGUCUUCUCGCUGUAUCCAGCCAAGCUGCCCGCCCCCACAGUGGAAUCGGUAAAGGAGGAGGCCCCAGCCGAAAGUUCAGAUUCUUCAGAGAAUGCAGAUGGAGAGACGGCUGACCUGGAAGACCUGCAGAGCGUUUGCCUCCCCGCAUCAGAACCUAGUGAAACGCCGGCUCCCAGUUCUGUGCCUUCUCCAAGACCAUCAACUCCUUGCAAAGCUCCCUCUCCUAAACCUUUCCAGGCCAGCGAUCGGAAGACUGCACCGGUGGGAGGAACACGGCAGAAGACUGCGGCAGUGGAGAAAGCGGCCAUGAUCAUGGACAGGGAAUGGGACAACCUGGCAGAGCAGUUUGCAGACGGGGUCACCGCCAGCCCUGACUACAGCAGACAAGGCAUGGAGCUGGAGGCCCUGCUCGGCACCCUAUUGGACCCGUUCUCAACCAGGAAGCAGAUCCCCCGCACCCCAGAAAGCCUGAUUUCAGAGGUGAAGAACUCGUGGAGACGUGCGCUGGAGGAGGGAGAAGCUGAAAAGGCUCAGCUCUCCGGGAGCCCGAGAGACGGAACGUCCGACGCCUCGAGGACCCGACCCAGCGCGGACACGCCCCUCCCGGCCAGCAGGCUGGCGUGGGACACCGACGCAGCCUCCCCGCUCACCCCCCUGCCCGGGCAGCCCGGGGACUCUCUGCACUCCACCCUGUCCUGGGACUCGGCCCAGCUGGACGCCACGCGGGGCCAGAGCGGCAGCAGCAGCGACGUCAUCCAUUUCGGGAUCGCCUGCGAGACCAUCCCGGAGCUGCUGGGCGGCGAGAGCAUCCUGAGCUCCAGCGACGGGGUCCCGGACACCCCUGGCCUCACGGAGGAGGAGGAGGAGAACGAGCUUGGCCUCAUGGAGGAGGAGGAGGAGAACGAGCUGGUCCUCCCGAAAAUCCCGUCCUCCGCUGCCGACCCAGAGGCGGCGCUGCGUUCCCGGUUCAGCCGGAUCCGGAAAGACUACUGCGAGGCGUCCUUCACGCACCGCGGAGGGGAGACCCCGGAGCCGCCCUCCCCUCUGAAUGCUGGGAACUUCCCCGAGGCUGGGGACUGGGAGGCUGGCAGCAGAGUCUUCUCCCUCGACCUGGACGCGCUGGAGAGUCCCCCUCUCUCCAGCAGGGAACGGCUGAGCCUUCCCAAACUGGCCACCUUCUCCCCCAUAGAUGACCUCAUGCCCUAAGACCACUCCAGGGUGGCCGCAAAGCCCGGCCACCAUUUUAAAACCGAAAUCUUCAGCGCUUAGUGUUUGCAUGUAGUUUUUUCUAAUUAAGUGAAAAGCAGUUUGUUUUCUCUGCUGAAAAGCCAACUGUGAGUCUAGCACCUCUUUCUAAUCUGAACUUUUGAUGAAUUUUUUACAUGUAAAGUCUGCUCUGUACUCUUAAUAUUUAAUUUAGGUGACUUCCAUUGCCGUCUAACCUUGGAGAUUUUUAUCCAUUUGACGAUUAAAAAUAAAAUUGCACUGUCUGAACUGAACAAAUUUGGGAGGAAAGUAGGAAUUCAAUGUACAAAAAAAUAUAUACAAAUUGUAUACUGACUGUAAAUAAUCUUGUACAUUUUCCCAAUAAACUUUUGUCUGACUCGGAUGUUUAAAAAAAAAUCCCCUAAGGAUUGAAGCAGAAUUA